AUAUUUACAUGUUAUAAUUUAGGAGAACUAUUUUUGAUUAAAAUGAAGAAGCAAACAUGUGGAAAUAAGAUAAUCAACCUCCUCCUCUUCCCUUAUAAUAGCAAGGUACAAUUCAAUUGUGCUUUAUCCAGGGAAUGUAAUGACGAAAUAAUUUGAUAAAUUUAUACCAGUCUACUUGGAGAUAUGUCCUGAAAGAUUAUAUAAAAGACUCUCAUCUAAUCAAUUUCUAUACUGUUCAUUGGCUAAGUGCAGGUUGAAAAAGUUUUCAUUUUUUGAUUAAACACUACCCAAUUAUAAAUAUGGCAUAACAAUACAAUAAAGAGAUUAAUAGGAAAUAUAUCUAAUAGACUCUGCUGAUGAGUUUAGAAAAUGGUUUUUAUUAUUCAAAAGAUAUUGCGUUUUAGAUAAAUUUAAAUAAAAAUUUAAAGUUCUUAAUAAAUCAAAAAUUGAGGAUCCUUUAUUCGGUUAAUGUUACUAUAAUUGCAUACAUAGUAAUAAUUAUAAGUUAGUAAAAAUAAUUAAUAAGACAACUAUAACGAAUUAUUAGUUAUAAUGUUUAUGCAAAGAAAUUAGUAGUCUUCGGAAAUUGAAGUAAUAUAUAAAUAAUGUAGUUGUCCAUUGAUAAUAUUCUUUAAUGAACUUUAUGAGGAUGAUACAAAUAUUUAUAUAGUUUACAAUCACUACUAAGGAUUGGAUAUGAGGAGUUGGAUAAAAGAGAAUUCUUAGAAUUUGGAAGAGAGAAUGGUAGCCUAAAUUAUAUUUAAUUUGCUGACAGCAAUAGCUCAUAUACAUUCUAGAGGAGUAUUUCAUAGAGACAUCAAACUUGAUAGUAUUCUGAUUUAAAGUUAAUUACCUUCAAUAUUACUGACUAAUUUUUGUUAUUCUGAAACUUAUGUAGCUGAGAGUACUUAUAAGAAAUGUGGAACUCCUGGAUUUAUAGCUCCUGAGAUUUUUAAAACAAAAUUGUACACUCCUAAAGCAGACCUAUUUAGUUUAGGUUGUUUAUUUUAUGUAUUAUAUUAUGGAAAGAUCCCAUUUAAUGGAUCAAGUUAGGAAGAGAUUUUAUAAAAGAAUGAAUUGGCAGUAGUGGAUUAUUAAAUUUAGUAUAAAUUAUGAGUAAAGAAGGAAGCAACUAUGUAGAAAGGUGUCUUCAUCAGGAAUAAAUUUAUUGAAAGCUCUUUUGACUGUUAAUCCAGAACAAAGGUUGUCUGCAUAAUAGGCUCUAUAACAUCAUUGGUUUAUUAAGAUGGGUACUAAAUAGGAAGCCAAAUAUCAUAAGAAUAUUAUAAAGGGUAAAUCUCUGUCGACGAUAAUAGAGAAUUCUGUUGAUAUUACUCAUAGGUAUAUUGGAUCAUUGUUUAUUAGUAUUUAAUAUUAGAUUCCGUCGAGUAGUUUUAUUGAGGAUAAAGUAGAUAAGGAAUUUACAAGUGAUAAUCUGAGAGACAAAUUAUAGAAGUUUAAUUCAAUAUAAUUAAAACCUUCAAAACAUAGACACUAGUAUUAUUAAUGA